AUGAAGAGAAAGGUAACUUUAAAAACCACAAUUCUUCAAGUCGUGAACAAUAUUGAUGGAAAAUACAUCUGUAACGCUGGUCAGAAGUGUAUGUACAAGCAGGACAACUUUUCAGCUAGCAACUUUAAGCGCCAUAUACAAAAACUGCAUCCAGAUGUUUUUAUCAGGCUGGAAUUGGAAGCAACGGACAGCUUUGAAGCUUCACCCAGCAAGAAGAAACCGAAAGCGCUGUUAGUUCAAACAGAUAAGGAAACUAUUAUACUUGGCACAUUACAGUUGGUCACGCAAAAUAGUUUACCUCUCACGUUCCCCGAUACAGUGGGAUUCCGUACCUUAGUUGAACCACUAUGGCGCGCAGUUGGAUUGAAAAUUAACCGGAAGAGUCUGACAGAGCUGGUGUCGUCUGGUGCAAAGGCAAUGGAGCUUUGUAUUAAAUCAGAAAUGGCCGGUCGAAUGAUUAAUUUGAAAAUCGACAGCGCCUCCCGAGGUAACCGACAUAUUUUUGGCAUUAACGCGCAAUUCUUCAAAGAUGGUGAGGUGAUCAUCCGCAGUCUUGCUUUAAGAGAAAUACAUGAACGUCAAACUAAAGAAAAUUUGAAAUUGACUAUCGAAGAAGUCAUGGAGCAGUUUGGAAUAGCGCAUCAACAGCUUUAUUCGGUUGUUCACGAUAACGGAGCAAACAUGAUAGCAACAGUAAAACUGCUGCGUAAAAUGAUGGAGACAGAAACUACAGACGAAUCUUCUAUGCACAAUGUAUUGUUUGACCAGUCGGAAGUGCGCACCUUCUUUGAAGAUCAAAACCAAGACGAAUGUGACGAUAUUGAUAUUUGUGAGGACUCAGAAGAGGAUCAGGCUAAAUGCUGCGAUGAAAACGAUUGUGACGACAUAGAUGACUUCUGCGAGGGAAAGGACGGAGAAGAGAAUACUCCCGAAGCUAAGCAGAACAACGAGGACAAAUUUGGAGAUCUCAUGCGAGAGAUUCUCGAUAGCACCCGCUGUGCUGCUCAUACCGCACAACUUGCAGUCUGGGACGUUUUCAGGCACUCUGGAAUCGCCGAGUUGAAGAAUAUUAUACUUCCGGACAAGUUUGACAGCAUUGUGGCCAUCCAAGGACUGAUUUCGGAUUCCGGCUCCUCAGACCAAAACAAAAUUGUCUUUGUUGUCGGGGACAGAGUCUCUAAUAACUACGGACUCACUUGCUGUGUUAAGCAGCGAACUUCGAAAGACCGAAAACCUGCUGACACUUCGGGUUCGCGGGAUCGCGUAGGAUGA